AUGAAUAGGUUGUUUGCUAACAAGACAUCAAUUCUUCGAAUACUGCGCCAGCUAUGUUUUUUAUCUAAGCAAACAAACACUAUAAAAGUGCCACAUCAAGCAAUAUGUCAUCUCGCGCCAUUGAGAAAUUUCACCAGGUCCAGUAUCACGCUACAGCAACAACGACAACCCCAUGAGAAGCUUAGCCAUACAUUUGACGAGUCGCAAAAGAGUAUACUGAGUCCCCAUGAGAAGCUUAGCCAUACACCUAACGAGUCACAAAAGAGUAUACUGAGUCCCCACGAAAAAGUGCACAUAGUUACGAAAGAGCAGCUCUUGGCCAAAGCAAACAGCGUACUUUCCAGGUUGAAAGUGAGAAUCAAAUGGUUGCUAAAAAAGUCCAAUCGUCCCUACAACACUGACGACUACUCAGCAUUCUUUUCAUGGAUAGUUGUCGGAAACAUCUUUUUAUUCUUUGUUGCUACAACAACUUUUGUGUCGCUAAUAAUAUUCACAGCAAACACCGUAUUUGCACAAGAGUUUGUGGCCAAGACAUUGGGUGAGUUCAUCACCAAAAAUUCUAAUAUGACAGUAACUUUCGAAAGCGCUAUAGUUCCUGGCUGGUCAGAUGGAAAGAUAAGCUUUAGAAAGUGCUUUGUUAGUAGGCGGCCGAAGAAGAUUAAAAAAUUUUCAAAGGGGUCGCAACAAGAGGCUUACGAAAAAAGCUUAAAAAAGCAUGAAGAGGAGGAGCACAGGCACGGGCACGGGCACGGGCUACUAGAGGGAGAACAAUAUUUGUUUGAGGAUGACGGGAACUAUACUCAGUUUGACUUGACGAUCGAGGAGGUGAACAUUUCGCUUUCUUUCAAUAAGUGGGUGAACGGCACAGGAAUGAUUGAAACAAUGGAGAUAAAAGGGUUGAGAGGAGUAGUUGACCGAACGCAUGUACAUUGGGAUCCAGAUGAUGAUGCCAGAAACUAUAAAAACAUCUAUCAUCCUGGGGAUUUUGAGAUAGAGGACUUUAAAAUGGAGGAUGUACUAUUUGAGUUGAAGCAACCAAAUGGCUUUAGGCCAUUUGACGUGGCUAUAUAUAAUUGUGAACUUUCAAAGUUGAGAAAACACUGGUUGUUUUACGAUUUUUUGAAUGCCAAUGUUAUGAGUGGUUCUUAUGAUAACUCUUUGUUCACAGUUCACAAAAAGCAGAGACUAAGUGAUUUCACACAUCAGAAAAGUGACAAGGAUUUGGGGGAUUUGUCUACCCAGUGGAAAAGAAUAACAUGCUUGCGGGUUGAUGGACUAAAUAUCGAUCAUUUAAAUACUGGGUUAGAGGGUCCUUUUGGCUGGAUCACUAACGGAAAAGUUGAUAUGCUAGGAGAGAUUAUGGUUCCUCAAGAGCACAAUGAGGUGAGUGUUACUGAGAUUGUUAAUUCAAUAGCAAAUUCCAUUAAAAGAGAAGCAACGAGGUACAGAAAUCCAGAGGUGCAUGACAAGCACCCUGACAUGCACACGAGAUUGACUAGUGACGAUUAUACUGAUAUAACCAAAUACUUUGUGUUAGACUUGACUAUCAGGUUAAACAAUGUCAGGGCAUCUGUUCCAUUCAAAGCACCCGAGCUUUCAUACGUCAACUAUGCUUUGAUACGUCCAAUUGUGGCAUAUAUCAACUCCAAGAACACUUUUAUUGAAAUCCAUAAUCGGAUUGUGAAGAAUAUACAGGACUUUAAUGGAUCCUGGACAGUUUACGACUCUUUGCUCAUGGAUGACAUUUCCGAGGAGGUGUACGACAAUUUCGUUGAAUAUGUGGUGGAUGAAGAAGCUAGAAUAAUGCGAGUACGAAGGGUGGGAUUUUGGUCUCUCCAAUUGUUUUUGCAAGUAAUACUUCUAGGCAUUGGGGCUUUGGCAUAG